UGGCAUAGCGCGAAGAUGCAGGACCUGCUUGCUGCUGUUGAUCAUAUUAAAUUCGAUCUGGAGAUCGCUGUGGAGCAGCAGCUGGGAGCACAGCCUCUGCCGUUUCCUGGCAUGGACAAAUCUGGGGCUGCUGUGUGUGAAUUCUUCCUGAAAGCUGCAUGUAUAAAAGGAGGCAUGUGUCCAUUCCGCCACAUCAGUGGAGAGAAGACGGUGGUGUGUAAGCACUGGCUGAGGGGGCUGUGUAAGAAAGGGGACCAGUGCGAGUUUCUGCACGAGUAUGACAUGACCAAGAUGCCAGAGUGUUACUUCUACUCCAAGUUUGGAGAGUGCAGUAAUAAGGAGUGCCCGUUCUUGCACAUUGACCCCGAGUCAAAAAUCAAAGACUGCCCGUGGUACGACCGAGGAUUCUGUAAACAUGGUCCCCUAUGCAGACACAGGCACUCUCGAAGAUAUAUCUGCGUCAAUUACCUGGUCGGGUUCUGUCCUGAAGGGACCGCCUGUAAACACGUGCAUCCUCGCUUUGAGUUGCCAAUGGGAACUACGGAACAACCGCCGUUACCUCAGCAACCGCCCAUGCAGCAGAAAUCACGGAACCUUCUGAAUCAAAAUGUUACUCCAGUGAUUCAGAGGUCAUCGUCCUCCCUGAUUCAGCUCACAAGUACCAACACCACCUCCAACCAGCAGAGGAUGCUGCAGGGGUUUGGAGCCAUGCAAUACCAUGGCAACAGCACAGGAAGCAGAGGGCCCAGGCCUCUGGAGCAGGUCACCUGUUACAAGUGCGGUGAGAAGGGGCACUAUGCAAACCGAUGUACCAAAGGGCACCUGGCGUUCCUGAGUGGGCAGUAAUUGCCCCUCGCUGGCCUGGGGAACCUGAACUCUGGAAACAGUCACUGGAGCACAACAUGCUGCCCGGAAACAGUUUCUACAUCGGUCCUCUCUUCAGGGGACCCCUUUUUAUUUUAAAAAGGCAGUGAACUCUUUUUAGUUUCUUGCGUCAGUCCCUGUGAUUAGUUCAGAGUCAAACCGUUUUGUCUCUUACAAGUUGCCCCCUUUGAAAAAUACCAGCUGCCUGCAGUCAGAGAACAGUACUGUACUGUCAGGACUGCUUUUUAGUUUGUAAUGGUGGUGGUUGAUGCAGAGUUAGUCAGACGUCUGUUAAUGGUGGUUAAGAGAAUGCUGACAGGAGUACGCCAGCCUGAUUCAGUUCCAUGUCAUGCAUUUAGCACAUUGCAUGCAUGUAGUGUGAAAGCAUUCUUUCAGGUGACAGGAAGGCAGUAUCUUACUGUUUGCUGGGAUGUUUUAAAAAGCUUUGCUUGGUAUUUUAUUAGGUGCUUACAUUGUUGCAACCCCUGGGGCAUCCAACCUAGAAUCACAUGCAAUACGUCAGCCAAAAAAAAACAACUUUUUUUGUGCCUUUUUACUUCAAUUAUUUUCAAAACGUGUUCUUUUCUGUCCUGGUAAGUUUACAGUGUGUGUUAAAGUAAAGCUAACCCACAGCCCAGAAAGUACUUGCAGAAAAACAGAAUCCUAUGGCUGCCAUCUGCUCCAUGUAAAUAUUAUUUUUAGUAGUUUUCUUCAUCUAUUUUGGUAUAGCGCCCAGGGCCACCAGUGGUGAAAUGCAGUAACUGUAGUUUUUGACUGGGAUUUUAACUUUGCACACAAUGCUGCCUAGUGGGCAAAUGUAUUCACAGCCAGGAUCCUCGAGUGAUGUGCUUUGCACUCCCUUGGUGCUCAGCCAUUGGUUCUUGUCUCAGCUUGGGGUCAUAAACAAGGUGUGUGAAUGCAGGUGCAUUUUAGUAACAAUCUCAAGACAUCUACCUUUUUUUAUAUUCUCAUUGAUUAUAAUCAACGGAUACUACUGAAAAAGGUAUCAUGUAAUAUAAUACAUGUCACUACCUACUUUUCUAUAUUAACAGUUUUUUUAAUUGGCAUCAGAUUGCUCCAUUUUCUCCAAUGCCAGAUCUCUUCAUUUUUAUUCAGUUUAAUACAAUAGCCCCUUUGUUUCUGAUUUCCAGUUGUAGGUUUGUUCAGUCACACUAAACCUAGGCUGAUUAGGUCAGUCUUAAGGAACGGGUCUUGUAAUGUAUGAGCUCUAAUGUUAAAGCACUUGGUCCUUUUGACUGUAAGGUUGCCUGGAGACUGGGUUUCCCUGUGAGCAAAUACAGCAGCUUGGACAACGUGCUUCAUGUGAUAUAAAGAGUAAUACAUUCCAUGAGCUCUGUAAAUGGUGUACCUGAGAGGUUUACAUGUUGACCAAGUCUCAGGUUCCUUUGCGAGAGGCGAGAAAGGAGGGCCAUUCAGACAAAGAGUUACUGGCAAAGCCAAACGUUUUCAUGGAUUGAUGAAAUGCUUGUUCUUUUCAUGUUUUUUAAUUAAAAAAUAUUGUUCCAAAAUUAGUUCUGAAUUCAUUUUCAUU